AUUUUUGCUAUUCCUGCAAUUUUAUCUGUAAUUUUUUGUGUGUGUUUUUGUUCAUUAAUAGUUUCUCUAGUCCACAUUUUAGCAGUUUUUAGUUCCUUAAUUAGCUCUGUUCUACUUGUAGCUGCCAAUAAGUUAUGCUGUUUUUUACUUUAGUGAAGAACUGGAUCUUUUUGCUUUUGCAUCCUCCUCCCUUUUGGCUCCUCUCUUAAUCAUGGUGUCCACUGUCUUUGAAUUGUUGCAGAGGACAACAAGACAACUACAGUCUCAUUAAACUCAUUGUUUGUAUUGUCUUCCAAGCUAACUCUUUGCUUUACUACCUGCUCUUUUAUAGCAAAAUAAUUGCUGCAAGUGAUUCAUUUAUCUGCUUUAUCUCAAUGGUUUUACUGUUGUCAACACAGAAUUCUUUAUAUGUCCCAAAUAAAAAAAUUCUCACUGUUCUUAUGAUGAAGCAAAUAUUGACACUGCUGUGUUUACCUCUGAGAAAGAGGAUAGCUUCCCCUUGACGUUGGCCCCCCAGAGCAAGUUGUCCUGUUUUGAUAAGGCAUUGAGGGUGGUGAGGUCACCAUUCAGACUCCUUAUCUUUACAGCCAUUUAAAGGAUAUCUGUUUUAUUGAAGUCUGACUUGAGUAUCAGGUGGUGGAGAGCUGUUACAGCAGGAGGAUGGAGACAGACCCAAAGGCAGACUCAGAGUCUGAGACCCAGGUCCCAGACAACAACGAGGCCCAGGGCCCAGACAGCAGCGAAGCCCAGGUCCGGGACAACAGUGAGACCCAGGUCCCGGACAACGACAAGACCCAGGUGCCAGACAACAGCGAGACCCAGGUACCAGACAACAGCAAGACCCAGGUGCCAGACAACAGCGAGACCCAGGUACCAGACAACAGCAAGAACCAGGUGCCAGACAACAGCAAGACCCAGGUGCCAGACAACAGCAAGGCCCAGGUCCCUGACGACAGUGAGGCCCAGGUGCUGGACAGCUUCGAGUCUCUGAGGGUGGACACCUCCGAGUUUGAGGUAACUGCCGACCGCCUAGAGCAGCUGAUGAAGAGCAUGGAGGUGCUGCUGUCGGACGUGGAGCAGCUGCGGAGCCACUGCAGCCACCAGGCCACCGAGUUGAUGCGUGCGGCGGUGGACCUGAGGCAGCAGCAGGACGACCUGAAGGAGAGCUACUCUGAGCUGUCCCGAGAAAUGCAGGAGAUCAUAGAUUCAGUGGACGACCUAUUCAGCACCAAGAGUGCCUUUGAAGCCAAGGAGAAGCAAACACAGAAACUGAGUCGGCAGCUUUGAGGGAGAGAAAGUGACUUUUUUUUCUGUGGGGGGUGGUUUUUGGUCUGGGAUGUGUGAGUGAGUGAAAAUUUGGAUGGGUUGGGUUUGGAGGUGGUGUGUGAUGCAGAGGUUUUCAUGGCUUUGAAACAAUAUUUCAAUGAGACUCUUGAAUGGCAUUAUAUUAACUUGUUGUUGUGCAAAUUGUAAUUUUUAGGUCUAUAUCUGCCAGACACAGUCACUGAAAAAAAAUUAAAAUACAUUACUCUGUAUCACUACGCUUAGUCCUGUAAUACAACAGCACCUGGAACAUUAUGAGCUUAACAACGGUAGAAUUUGUUGCAUUGCUUUCAUGCUAGAUUACCACGUGCUGCUCUCUUUAAUGCAGGCGAUGACAAGACCGUACAGAGGUUCAACCUGUGCUGCGUGUCAACAUAUGAUUUACUAUCACUUCUGCUGUCAUCAGAUUUUUUUUUUUUCCUGCACUAACACAUGCGUGUAUCAUAGUUAUUUUUUCUCUCUCUCAGGUGUUUUUUGGAGGAUAAGACUGAAGUAUAGAUUUCACUCUCAUCAGGCUGCAUGGCUCCUUCCGCUUUCUGAAACUCUGACACAGGAGUGUUUUGCUCUCCACUGGUUUCCAGUUGUACAUCUUCCAUAAUCUCUUCCCAUUCAGUCAUGGUCCAUUGUGGUUUCUCUCUAAAAUAAAACUAAAUAUAGAGCCUUAGGGCGAUGUUUACCUCCAAUCAGCACUUCUGCUGUGACUUACUGGUCUGUACUUAGUGGUUGUGAGACGUGCAAAAGGGACCAUCGGUGGCCAGCAACGUGAAGAAAAAUCAAUCAAUCUUUUACCCUAGAUCACAUUUGACUUUUUUCUUAUGUAAUGACUUAUAUGAAUAUUAUUGCUUUCAUCUUUAAAAUUCAUACAUGAAACCAUUAAAUUAUGUAUGCUCAAACGUC